CCCAACCCAGAAUAAAAUGGGGGCAAGCAAGGAAUGUAAAUGGCUGAAGGAGUCUGCAAGGAAGAAGUGCAUAGAAAUCCAUGACAUGGAUGCUGUCAAUUUGUCAAUUUUCCACCCUCCUAAAUUUCACACUUCCACUCUCCCUCAUUUCUUCUUCUUCAAAUGUACUCCACCUCCUUCUAUCCAAUAAAUAAAAUUCUUUUUACACUGUCAAAAUAUGAAUUGAAUGAGAUUAGUUUCAUCAUCAAGGAAAGUAAUUACUAUUAUAUACUGUAAGUAAGCAUCAAAGUUUCCUAGAUAUUGCAUUAAAGACAGGCAAGACAUCUUACUUUGCAUUAAUAUUAAGGUAGGGGCAUAUUUUAUCUUUUCCACUGGCCAAAAAAUUACUAUAGCAACAAAAGUUAAAAACCUUCCAUAAUAACCGCAUGGCUUUCUGUCUUGUGAUGAUAAUGAUGAUGAUGCUUCCUGGCAGAGCUAGCUGUGCUUUUUUGAUUCUUAUCUGGUUAUCUCUGUCUUCUUCCCUUGCCACCUUCAACCUCUCCCACCCUCAUCAACACCCCUUUCCUGAUAUGGUAGCUCAAGAAGUUCAGAGGAGACUUCACGAAUCCGUGACGAGGAGAAGAGUCUUAGAGGCGACGACACAGACCCAGCCAUGCCUUACCGGAAACCCGAUAGAUGACUGCUGGAAAUGCGACUCCAACUGGGCAAACAACCGCCAGAGACUGGCGGAUUGCGGCAUUGGGUUCGGGAAAGCGGCGAUCGGCGGUAAAGGGGGGCAAUUCUACACCGUCUCCGACCCAUCGGACAACCCCUCGAAGCCGACGCAGGGAACUCUCCGCCACGCUGUGAUCCAGAACGAGCCGCUCUGGAUCAUAUUCGCGGCCGACAUGACCAUCAAACUCAAAGCGCAGCUGGUCUUCAACAGCUUCAAGACCGUGGACGGUCGCGGAGCCGCCGUGCACGUCACCGGGAACGGCUGCAUAACCAUAAAAAAUGCGACGAACAUCAUCAUCCACAACAUCUUCGUCCACGGCUGCCUUCCGUCGUCGAAUGAAAUCAUAUGCUCGACUCCCACGAAAUGUGGGAGUCGAGGCAGAGCGGACGGCGACGGGAUCACCGUGCGUAGCUCGAGCCUGAUCUGGAUCGACCACUGCGAUUUGUCGAGUUGUACGGACGGCUUGCUUGAUGUCACCAGGGGAUCCACCGCCGUGACAAUAUCCAAUUGCUACUUUUCCCACCACGACAAGGUCAUGCUGCUCGGUCACACAAAUGGGUUCUUGGCUGAUUCCCAUAUGCAGGUGACAGUGGCCUUUAAUCACUUUGGAGAAGGAUGUGUGCAAAGAAUGCCAAGAUGUCGAAGAGGAUAUUUUCAUGUGGUGAACAAUGACUACACGGAAUGGAAAAUGUACGCCAUCGGCGGUAGUGAUAAUCCCACUAUCAACAGCCAAGGCAACCGCUUUAUCGCACCUAAUGAGGAUGAAUUCAAAGAGGUCACAAAGCGGAUAGAUACAAACGAAGCUGAGUGGAAAGGAUGGAAUUGGAGGACACAGGGGGACAUGUUGGUCAACGGAGCGGUCUUCGUCCCAUCCGGCGACGGUCUGAGCAACGUCUUUACCCAAGCCUCCAGCCUCGACCCUCACUCUGUCCUUUUCAUGGACCAGCUCAUCACCCACGUCGGUGUCCUCCCUCUUCCCGCGGGGAAUAAUCCGACGCCUGUACCUUCUUCUGGUGGGACAAUACCCGUACCUUCUGAUGGCGGGGCAACGCCUGUACCCUAUGAUGGUGGGACAAUACCUGUACCUACGGAUGGUGGGGCAACACCUCUACCUUACGGUGGUGACGGUGGUGGGACAACGCCCGAAUCCUAUGUUGGAGGAGGGACAACCAAUGUAGAAGACUACCACGAGGGUAGCGCUUCAUCUGCAGCAUUAUCUAGAGCUAUUACAACCAAUCUUUUCUUGUUGUCUCUUCUAAUUAUCCUAAACAAUUUACCAUAACCACCAACCGUGGUUAAUUAUGGUUUCCGAUAAUUAAUAGGAAAAAAAUAACAAAAUAAAUAUGUAUCAUGCAUGUCCCCACCUUACUGUACAUAAUUGAUUAUUGGAAUUGAUACUCCAAGCUAGAGACACUAAAAGCUAGGCUGGUCCUGAAUGUUUUAAUUGGAUGUAUGUCAUGUUACUAAGUGGAAAUGUGGAAUUUACAUUAGAUUAUAUUUGAUUAGCAUAAAUAGUGGUGAAUCCGAACCCAACCUAUUAUUAUAUAUGUACAGAGUAACAAUUUUGAAAGGUA